AUGUCGACACGAAACCCCAAAGACCGUGUUGUCAUUGGCACAAUCAACAAGCUGGGUUGGGACCUGCUGAUCCAUUUCUGCACCGACGACAACUCCCCUUACAGCAACAGCACCCUUGUCAGCGGUCUUUCCACCUUCUCAGCCCUUACUAUGCUUGCCGGUGCAGCAGUCGAUCCCAAGCAACGCGAGAUGUGCGCUAAACUCGGCGCUGGCAGCCUCCGCGACCUGCAAGCCACUUACCCGGGUAUGCGCCGCAUGCUUGAAUCCGACAAUGUGUUCCACUCGGCCAACGGGCUCGUGGCUGAAACUCAAGUCUGCCUCUCUCCACAGUACCAAGAUUAUUUGAGACGGCUCAUGGUGGACGCCAAUCUACAUUUUCUAAACCUGGCCGACAGCGUGGCUGAGAUCAACAAGUGGAUCUCUCGGACAACAAAACGCAGGAUCCCGUCGUUGCUGACAGCAGACGACCUGCGCGACUCGGCCGUAGCUCUCAUCAACGCCCUGAUCUUCGCGGCCGCGUUUGCCGAGCCGUUCCGUCCGCGCGACACAGUCCGCUGUGCCCCUUUCUACCCCACGAUAAAGAAUGGGUCGAGAGCAACUGCCACAGUGGAUAUGAUGUAUAGGCAUGGGAAGGGGGUGCUGGUCUAUCAGGGCGAACGGUGCACAGCCGUCCGCCUGCCCUACCGCUGCACACCGCCAUCGGAGUGGUCGAUGAUCGCCUGCCUACCCAACAAAGAUACCCCGAUCCAGGAAAUGCUCCAAAUCCUGCGUACCCGGCGAAUUCCCUCAUUUGCACAGCAUCGAGUGGGCAGGCUCGGUCUGCCUCGCUUCGAACUUCAGGUGCAACAUAAGCUCAACAGCACGUUGCAGGCGCUGGGGUUUCCGAUUGACGGGUCUUUCCCAGCUCUAGAUAUGGGAGGAGACACCCAGGUGGGCAACAUCGUUCAGAGUCUGAGUUUGGAGUGUAAUGAAAAGGGCACGGUGGCCGCCGUAGCGACAGCGGUAAUAAUCGGACGCGGCGGACCUCCCCCUUAUAUCCCUGAGUUAAUAUUCGAUCGCCCGUUUGUGUUUGCCAUCGUGGCGGAUGAGCUAGAUUUGGCCAUUUGUACCGGGCUGUUUUCCGGUCAAUAG